AUGGCCGAGUGGUCUAAGGCGCCAGACUCAAGUUCUGGUCUUCGAGAGAGGGCGUGGGUUCAAAUCCCACUUCUGACAAAUUAUUUUCCUACCUUUUUUUGCCUCGUUUUUUUAACAGCUGCAUAG